CUUGGUACGACUCUCGGUAUGACUCAUUAUAUGCACAUCAUUCAGGCUACCGUACCCGCCUUGCAUAGCAAAUCGGAAGGGCCAUCUUGGACAACUAGGUACUAGACGCACCAAAACACACGAAGCAAAUCGCUUCAUUCCCUUCUAUCCCCCGACAUUUCUGAAAUUUGUUCGCCACCUUGAUUUGUAUCAUCAAAGCAAGUAUCUUAUAUCUAGUCUUGUUUGAAUAUGGAGUAUGAUACCAAAGCCCUCGCAUCCGAAGCCCUCUCAUCCUGGGAAACCAACGCGGUCUACUGGGACGAAGGCGUAGGCGCUGACGGCAACAAGUACUGGAAAUCGUUGCAGGAGCCCUCGCUGCGACGGCUGCUGGGUGAUCAUCUCGAAGGCGCCCGGGCACUGGACCUAGCAACGGCCAACGGCCUGACCGCUCGAUGGCUCAUAAACAACGGGUGCAUCUCCGUCUUGGCGACGGAUGGCACAGAGGCCAUGCUGGAGCAGGCCAAAAAGCGGGCGUCCACGAACGACGAGAAGUUCAGGAUUGAGUACGAGCAGCUCGACGUCACAAGUCCGACUGCCUUCGAGAAGCUGCUCGAAGAUCCCCACACCGCUGGCGCAUUCGACAUCGUACUCAUCAACAUGGCUAUCAUGGAUAUUGCCAACAUUGAGCCGCUCGCCGAGGCGCUUCCGCGGUUGUUGAAGCCCGAUGGAGUCUUCGUUGCAACAGUCCUCCACCCGGUCUUCUUCACCUCGCGCGCAACUCGCCAGAUAGAAGUAAGUGAAUACGACUCAGACAUUACGGGCAAGGCCAGAACUGUACGAGCCAAAGUCAUACGCGACUAUCUGCACAUCCCUCCCUACCGGGGCGUCGCCCUGUAUGGGCAACCCGCACCUCAGGUAUACUUCCACCGACCCAUGCACGAGCUCUUCGGUAUCUUCUUCCGGGCAGGGCUGGUAAUGGACCAGUUCGAAGAACCCGCGUUUACCGAAGAAAAUGAGGUCAAGGAAAGGAUUGAGUCUCAUGCCAAUUUCACCCAGUUACCGGCGAUUCUCAGCUUCCGCCUGAGAAAACUCGCUUAGCUCAGGAAGGAUAUCGUGUUUCAAGCGGAAGAAGAAUGCUUCCUGAUCAUGCAACCCUACAGUAGAAACUCGAGGUUCCUUUGGGGCAGAUGUGGUAAGAGUUGACAGGCAAGAUUGAGUGCCAAGUUUCGCAAACGGGGAGAGAUUUUUGACAAUACUGUUUACUGAUGCGCAAAGU